AGUACUAAAUUCUUUGGAAGGGAAGAACAUGCUGUAUGCGAGAGGCCAUUUUUCUAUUCGUUGAAUGUUUUAGUCCAAAAUUAGAGCUUGAUUCCCUAACGAUGAAUGCUCCGGAGUCAUUUGAACCAUUUCUAUUGCUUGAUGGAGAUAAAAAGAUAACUAUCACUAAGGACACUAAAGUUCCAAAUGCUGCCCACUUUGUUGUAAAUAAAGAAGAUCACACAUUAGGAAACCUUCUUCGAGCGCAACUGCUGCGAGAUCCACAGGUAAUAUUUGCUGGAUAUAAAGUUCCUCAUCCCCUUGAGCAUAAGUUUGUUCUUCGAGUGCAAACUACGCCAGACUACAGUCCUCAAGAAGCAUUCACCAAUGCUAUCACAGACCUUAUCAGUGAAGUGUCUCUUUUAGAAGAAAGAUUCAAGUCAUCAGUCAAAGAUAAGCAAGAAGGCAUAGAGUGAAUUGAAAAAUCUUUACAAGGAAGUUGGAAUAUAUUUUCAAACAGGGAUGCAGUUGGACCUGAGCUUUGUAUUAAUAUCAGUACAAGUGGUGUGACUCCAGAAGCCCUUGUGGAACAUUGUUGUCUUGUAGGGAACUCGUUUAUAGUGACUUUGAUGAUGGCUACAGACUAAUAACUUCUAAAAGAUCUGUUCUAGUAUUCAACAUAUUUUCCUUGA